AAUACUUAAAUCAGCAGUAGCCGUGUGUGGAUUCAGUGCUUUACAGUUUGUUUCAAGAGUACUUUCCUUCCACUAGUCUGAUAAUGGCGUUUACGAAGUUUCUUUUUGUGGUUACAUUAAUUACAAUCGCGAGCGCUGGCUUUGUAUGGGAGGACGAUGACGAUUUGUUCCCGGGAUUUUCAGAUGCGUUCAAGAUGCCAGAGAUACCAGAGAUAAAGUCUCUUGAAUUUGAUGAUAUUAAAACUCACGUCGCGGGAGAUAACGAGCAAUAUACCGGAGAGUCUAAGUCGAGUUACAGUUCCUCAUCCACGGUCAACGGCAAGACAGUGAGCAGCGGCGGAGUUAGCGAGUUGACAAAUGACGGAAAAGCCGUCGAAGAAAAGGUCAUGGAAUACAAAGAUGGCGAUUAAAUAAAUCCAGCGAUUAUUCACGAAUAAAAAAAUUUAAGUCAAAAAUAUUAUUUCACAAAAGGGGAUUUUAAAUUGUUAAAAAUAAAACGUUAAUGUUUUUCAUCUCUGCAUUGUAUAGUCAAAUUUACGUAAUAGUUCUUUUUUUGUUCAAAUUUGUGUUAUUUUGUGACUGUUUGUGCGAAAAUAUAAAUUUUUUUUCAUUCACAAGUUUUAGAUGUGAAGAAAAUUAAAGAUAAAUGAAGUCAUUAAUUGUCUUUUUUCAAAACGGACAUCAUUAUUUCAGCAGUACUUACGACCUUUGAGCCGUGUUAGUAAAUUAGCUAAGGAAUUCAAGAAAUGUUAUCUGCGUAGUUUUUACUAUUAAAAUUAAAUUAAAUAUUAUUAAAUUAAAAUUCUACAAACCGUCAA